GCAAACCUUUUUUGUGCAGAGAAGAAUCAGCCUCAACAGACUGCACGCCUUGAGAAGAGAUCGAUUUCCUCGUUUCCCGGUGCUUCAUUUCAUCAAAGAGAUUGAAAAUGGGAAGUACAAGAACAACCACCGUCAAAUUACGGGCAGCUUUGGUUCUAUCAGCGCAUUUCUUGAUUCUGUCAUGUUCAGCCUUCCGUCUCUGCUCUGCAUCAAGUUCCAUCACUCCUGGACAACUCCUGAGAGAAAACCAGACCUUGGUAUCAGAGAACAAGAGUUUCAUCUUGGGGUUCUUCUCCGGUAGCUCCGGGAACAGAUACUUGGGGAUAUGGCAUGUGCAGAACUCGAUACAAAGGGUCAUAUGGGUGGCUAACAGAGAACGCCCACUCACGCGGAAUGACUCAAUUGGAGUUUUCAAGAUCGAUGACAACGGAAACCUCUUAAUUUUAGAUGGACGGGGAAGGACACUUUGGUCUGCCAGGUCUUCGUCGUCGACGCCGCCGCCGGCUCAAUAUGAGAACUGGAUUGCUCUUCUGCAGAACUCCGGAAGCUUGGUGGUGAGUGGCGGGGAUGGGAGAAUUGUAUGGCGGAGUUCGGACCAACCACCGGAGCUUGCCGGCGCGGGCCGACUGGAGAACGGCCGGUUGCAUCUUUCUCGUCGUUUGGCAUCUGCAGGAAGUACGACAAAUACAGGGAAGAAGAUAGCCAUUGCAGUGGUUGUGCCCUUCGUGGUUGUUGGCUUGGGAACACUCUUCCUCUGCUUGUGGUGGUCCAAACGAAGAGAAAAAGAGAAAUCAGCAGCUGAAGAAGUUAAAUUUACACAAUGUGGCAAGCAUAUGAAGGUGACCAACUUGCCCAUGUUGGAAUUCGAGGAAGUGGCUGCCGCAACCAACGGCUUCGCAAUUGAAAACAAGCUUGGUAAAGGCGGCUUUGGCAUCGUUUAUAAGGGAAUGCUACCAGAUGGGCAGGAGGUAGCAGUGAAGAGGCUUUCGAAGAGAUCAUGCCAAGGUCUAGAGGAGUUCACUAAUGAAGUUCACUUGAUUGCCGACGUUCAACACAGUAAUCUUGUCAGAAUUGUCGCCUGCUGCGUUGAAGAGGAAGAGAAGAUAUUGAUCUACGAGUACAUGCCCAACGGAAGCUUGGACACACAUCUCUUUGAUCCAGUCAAACGUGCACAGUUGGACUGGCAAACGCGGUUGAGGAUCCUCUCGGGGAUCGCUCGGGGGCUUCUUUACCUUCACUGUGGUUCUGGAUCGAGAAUAAUCCACCGGGAUCUGAAGGCUAGCAACGUUCUGCUGGAUGCUGAGAUGAACCCCAAGAUUUCAGAUUUCGGGAUGGCAAAGAUUGUGGGCAACCAGUUGGAGGCUGAUACAAGGAGAAUAGCGGGGACUUUUGGGUACAUGCCUCCAGAAUACGCGAAGAAGGGCGUGUUCUCGGAAAAGACGGACGUGUUCAGUUUCGGAGUGCUAGUGCUUGAGGUUGUGACGGGCAAAAAGAAUUCCACUUUCACUGAAAGCCAGAACUCCUUGGAUCUAUUGGGACAUGCAUGGGAGAUGUGGAGCGCAAGGAGGGGAAUGGAGCUGGUUGAUCCAUUAUUAGGAACACAAUGCAACAAGGCUGAAGUUGAGAGGUGCAUGCAGAUUGGGCUCCUCUGUGUGCAAGAAGGAUCAUGUCAACGGCCUAGUAUCAACGAUAUCAUCGGCAUGCUGCAGAACGCCGAUGGCUCGCCAGUGCUCCGGCAGCCAAAACGGCCGGCGUCCUACCUCGGUGAUGCGCUGCCAACACCCACCUCGUCGUCCAGGCCGAUCGAUCAGACCUGCUCGGUGAACGACAUCACAUUGACGACUGUCGAAACCGUUGAAUGGGUGGCUAACAGGGAGAACCCGGUUCCUGCAGAGGACGUCUCCGGUGGCUCUUUGGAGCUCUCCAGCACGGGAGACCUUGACUUUCUGGAGAGGAAAGGAACGAUUCUUUGGUCCACGGACUGUUGUUCGAUCAACGAUUCUUUUGCCGUUCUUGAGGACGAAGGGAACUUGGUUCUGAGAAGCAAUUCAAGUGGCGUCGCCGUGGACAAAUGGAAAGGUUUCGACAACCCUUCAGAUACGUGGCUGCCGGAGAUGGAGCUCACCUUCGACCAGCAAAAAAAAAAAAGGAUCAAUAGAGCAACCUCUGGGUUCUUCCUUAAUCCAAUUGAGAACGAGAUAACCGAGUCCUUCAGAAGCCCCUCCUUUCUCAACUCUGGGUACCACAGCGAGGGGAACGUGAAGAACGAGCCCACCUGCGGCUGCUUCCGUGGGUUCGAGCCCACCGGGUCAGAGGCCACGAACAAUUUGUCUUAUGCAAACAGGAUUGGAGAAAGUGGAAACGUCCCUGCCUACAUGCUAUAUAUUUAUUGGUGCUCCGUUUUGGCGCAAGAACCACAUGAAUCAAUGAGCCAAAGGAGGGAACGGUUGAUGCUUUGUGUUUGCGCUGCCCUUCUUUGCCCCUUUCUGUCAAGGUUGUGCCAUGGAGGGAACACAUUAUCCCCCGGCCAAGCCCUCAAGGGUAACGAUGCCAUCACCUCAUCAGGAGGGAACUUCACCUUGGGCUUCUUCUCCCUACCUACCAACAACAGCAAAACCACCAGUCCUUCACAAAAGCGAUACCUCGGAAUAUGGUACGCAAUAAUCCCCGAACAGACCGUCGUGUGGGUCGCCAACAGGAACAACCCGGUUCCCGCCAACGACUCCUCCGGCGGAUCCUUCGAGUUUGCCGGCGACGGAGACCUCGUCGUCCUGGACGGAAAGGGGAGGGUCCUCUGGUCCACAAACUGUUCAUCGACCAACGACUCCAUUGCCACCCUUGAGGAUAACGGCAAUUUGGUUCUCCGCACCAAUUCCAGUGGAGCAAUCAAAUGGCAAAGCUUCAGCAAUCCUUCAGAUACUCUGCUGUCUGGCAUGGACAUCACUUUCGAUUUCGAAAAAAUGACUGGCCAACUCUGGAGAUCGUGGAAAAGCCGCACAGAUCCAUCAUCCGGCUCCUUUGCUUUUGGUAUGGACCCAAAAAACGUGCUCCAGUGUGUCCUAUGGAAUGGGUCGGUCCCGGUCUGGCGUACCGCGCAGUGGACCGGACAGUCCUUCUCAGGCAUACCAGAAAUGUCUAACAGUUAUGGCUGGGCCGAGGGGUUCAGAUUCGUCCCUACCCGAAACGGGACUAGGGUUGAGUUCAGAGAACCUUCCUCGGCCAGUGUUGGGUACACGAGGUAUGUGGUGAAACCGCAAGGUCAGCUAGCGUUGUACUCGUGGGAGAACGAAACCGGUCGGUGGGUACAGGACUGGGCCGCGCCAGUGAACGCAUGCGCUACCUAUGGCAGGUGUGGCCCAUCCAGCGUGUGCAGCGAGGGUAGCCUGACUCAGUUUGCCUGCAAUUGCUUGCCUGGGUUCAAGCCCAGCGGGUCCGGUGGGUGCGUCCGGUCGGUCCAGCUUGGGUGCGGUAGAGACGACGGUUCGAGUAAUAAGGAUGAUUUUAAAAAAGUGGCGUCGGUGAAGCCUCCCGAUGGGGUACUUCGGUUGGUCCAAGUUGCUGACGGCCUGGACGAGUGCCGGACGAUUUGUUCGAAGAAUUGCUCGUGUACGGGACAUGCUUUAGUUGGCGAAACUCUGUGUAUGAUGUGGUUCGAAGAGGACUUGGUGGACAUGCAGCAGUUAGCGAGUGGAAGGGGCGUGGACUUCUAUGUUCGUGUGGCACCCGAUGUACCGAGCCCAUCAACUAAAGAACGCAGGAAUAUAUUGGUCAUCGUAUUAUCAUCAGUAGGCUGUUUGGGUGCGAUUUUGUGUUUGGUAUGCAUCUACCUUUUAUGGAGACGUCAGACCAACGCAAGAGGACUGAAUGGAGAACUCUUGGAGGACCAGCCGUUUCAUGCAAGUACCAUCCAAGAAGUAAGAGACUCUGAGUUGCCGUUAUUCGAUUUGAAGACGAUAAUGGCCGCAACAGACGAUUUUGCCACCACAAACAAGCUUGGAGAAGGUGGCUUUGGGCCAGUUUACAAAGGGGUACUGGCAGGUGGACAGGAAAUAGCAGUGAAGAGACUGUCAAAGAGUUCAAGGCAAGGUUUUGAGGAGUUCAUGAAUGAGGUGGAGGUGAUUGCUAAGCUUCAGCACAAAAAUUUGGUCAGACUUUUGGGGUGUUGUGUACAAGGGGAAGAGAAAAUACUGGUAUAUGAGUAUAUGCCCAACAAAAGCUUGGACUUUCUAUUGUUUGACCCGACGGUUAGCGCACCAUUGGAUUGGGAGCGUCGAUUCCAGAUCGUGAUGGGGACAGCGAGAGGUCUGCAGUAUCUUCAUCAGGAAUCAAGGUUAAGGGUCGUCCACAGGGACCUCAAAGCCGGCAAUAUACUGCUUGAUGAAAGGAUGAAUCCUCGCAUUUCAGACUUUGGCCUCGCCAGGAUCUUUGGGGCUGAUCAGACUCAAGUCAACACCCACAGAGUAGUUGGGACUUACGGGUACAUGUCUCCAGAGUAUGCCUUGGAAGGUCGGUUCUCAGCAAAAUCAGAUGUCUUCAGUUUCGGCGUCAUCGUGUUGGAGAUCUUGAGCGGUCAAAAGAUGACGAGUUUCAGGCACAAGGAACUCUCCCUCAACCUUUUAGGACAUGCAUGGAAAUUAUGGAGGGAAGAUCGAAUAAUAGACUUCCUUGAUCCCACUUUGGGUGGUAUCUGCAAUUCGGACCAAUUCCUGAGGUGCAUAAACGUGGGCCUUCUCUGUGUUCAAGAAGGCACAGCAGAUCGACCAUCGAUGUCCUCCGUGGUUCUAAUGUUGAGUAGUGAGCUUACCAACUUGCCUCAACCAAAGCCACCUGCUUACUCUUUAAGAACGGCUCCUGGGGAUUCUGAUCUGCCCAGCUUUCCCGACCAUGAAGAUUCAAUCUGUUUAGUGAAUGAUGUCACGGUUUCUAGUAUGGAACCUCGUUAGAGUUGGAAGAAUUAUGACAUGGGAGAAGCCAUCUCAAAUUAGAACCAAAUUUAAUUUACUUCAACGGUCAGUAUCUCUAACGCAACUGCAAAAAAAUUGUGGGCUUAUCAUGUUAAGUAAAGCCGAUGUUCUGAAUUUUUCUCAAACUCAAAGUGAAGUUUAUGUCAUGAUGUAUUCUGAAAUGCACUACUACCAGGUUACUAGUCAGAGACCUGCCUUGGGCGGGCAAUGGCUUAGCCAUAAACAGUACUCGAUCAUCUUAUUUUUGUGAAA